AUGCAAAGCUCUUUCCUCUUGAAAGCCAUCAUAAUCCAACUUCUCGCGUCGGCAGCAUUCAUCUGCGGUGCUGCAGCUGCUCUCGAUGAGGGCGCCCUUCGUCGUCCUGGAAUCUUGCAAAUUGGAAGUCAUGAACCCAUUGUCAUUUCUUCCAAUGCCUAUUCGGAAAUCCAACCCACCAUCGUUCGCGAGUUGAGCAAGAUUUCCAAAACCUAUUCCUUUUAUCAUCCGGGUGCCUCGUACAUUGCCGUGCAUUUUCAGCACAUGAAUCUUGGCGAAGGAUGCUCGAUUACCAUUCAAGAGGCCUCCAGAGGUGACAUGAGCCAUUCUUACACUGGCAAGGGACGUCAAGACCUUGGAACCUUUUGGGAUCAUCACAUUUACGGGGAUUCCAUUGAGAUUAUUUUGGCGUGUGAAGAUUGGGAAACCAGUGCCGAAUUCGAAGUCGAUGAAUACGCCGCUGGUUUUCCAGAGGAUGCUUUGCGUGACUCUCGCGGAAGAAAGCGCAGUCUUCGUCGUGGUAGUGAAACUACUGACAAUUCCUUUCCUCCUCCAUUCAUUGGAAGGGACGGAAGAGAACUUUCCAUUUGUGGAACCAAUGACAUGCGCAAUGCCCAGUGUUACGAGGCGGAUUUUCCUACAGAAUACAAUCUGGCUGGUGCCGUUGCCAAGGUACACAUUCAUGGUACUGGGGUCUGCACUGGAUGGUUGGUGGGCCCCAAUAAUGUCUUUGUAACGAAUCGUCACUGCAUUCGAACAGAUGAAGAGGCCUUGACUUCAGAUUACAUUUUUGAUUUUGAAGUCGAAGGAGGAGGUGACUGCAACAGUGCCAAUAUCAAGGAACGUUCCGUUUCCGAAAUUACCUAUGAGGCAACCGAGCUUUUAGCUGCCAGUGACAUUGAUGAUUACGUCUUGAUCAAAUUGGCUGGAAAUCCAGUUAGCAAGCAUGGGUACUUGGAGCUCGACAAUCGCAAGCCCAAUGUCGGUGAAAACAUUUACAUCCCCCAACAUCCUGGUGGACUCGACAAGGAAAUUGCUAUUUUUGACAGCCACAUUGGCGAAGGAGCCCGGUGCGAAAUCCAAACAACCAAUUCGGAAACCUGUUUUGGACGACUCAACACGGGGUACUGGGACCUUUCGUAUUCUUGCGAUACAAAAGGCGGUACUUCUGGUUCUCCUGUCCUGUCGGUUGAUACCCACAAAGUGAUUGGCCUUCAUCACUGCGGUGGUGGCUGCUCCAUUGGAAAUGUUGCAGUCCCCAUUUAUUCCAUUUUCAACGAUAUCAAGGAAUUUUUGGGUCCUGCAGAGGUUGUGACACCAAAUCCAACUCCUCCACCCACACCAGGACCAACCCAGAGUCCAACUCCACAACCGACUCAAAAUCCAACUCCUCGGCCAACUUCAAAGCCGACACCAUACCCAACACCGAAUCCAACACCCCGCCCGACACCAGUUCCAACCGUUGAGGAUAGCACACAUCCUACUGCCCAAAAGAGUGAAAACCCAACUUUGGACCCAACACCGAAUCCAACACCCCGCCCGACACUUAUUAGUAGCAUUGAUUACAGCGAACAUCCGACUGUCAUAGAUCUUUACAAGAAUCCAAAGGAAUAUGAGCCAUGCCCAUUGGACUCCCAUCGUUUCCUUCUAGACUUGCAAACGGACAGCAAUGGUCACGAGACUUUUUGGAUCAUGAAAGAUGGGCAUGGCCAAAUCUUUAUGCAAGUCAAAGCCAACACGUAUGAGGACAAUACCUUUUACCAGCUGUCCGUCUGUAUUCCUAGUGAUCGGUACAAGUUCACCAUUCGCGAUACAGGCAUGGAUGGCAUCACCGGGGAACAUGGUGAUGGGUACUUUCAAGUCUAUUUGGAUGGCGCCUUGGUGAUUCGUGGUGAUGGGGACUUUGGAUUGAAGGAUCAAUAUACCUUCGAAACAUGGUGA